AUGGCCGGCUUUGCCGCCUUGACAGCCAAACAUACGCUGGAAUGUGUUGUUGGGGACGACAAAGGGACGGCAUUCCAACCUUGCGCAGUGGCAGACAACGGACCUUCGGGAGAUGGGUUCGACGACUUUGUGCUGCUGUGGGGCCAUAUGACAUUCCAUGAGCUCUCAGUUCGUCCCGAUUUUUUGUGCCCGAGGGAGCUGGGCGAUGCUGGUCGUGACAGAUGA